CAGGCGGGUGCACGAUCAACAUUGCUAUCAGUUCUGGAGUUCAGCAAAUAACAUCAGCAAUGGUUGGCUUGUCUGUGGUACUUCUGUUGGUGGUGCUAGUUCAAGUCAUUUCAGGUCAGGAAAUAGCGCAGCAAAAAUGUGCCGAGUUUCGUAAGAAGACGAUUAAGGUAACGUCGAUAAUUCCGCUGACUCUCAAUCCAAACCCGAUUAAGUACUCCAGUUUUAACUGUUCCAAAACGGUGGAUCUGAUCGUGGGAGGAGAAGCUACGAAGCCGAAUGAGUUCCCCCACCAGGCGCUGCUCGGUUGGCGACAAGCGGACGAUUCCAACGAGUACAGGUUCGAUUGCGGAGGAUCACUGAUCAGCGAGCGCUACGUCCUGACAGCUGCGCACUGUUUCAAGAAUGGAUACCCGGACAUAGUUCGUCUGGGAGAGCACAACCUGAACGAUGACAGCGAUAACCAAGUUGAUUUUGAGAUAGAAUCGUUUUCAAAACAUCCGCUGCAUAGAUAUGCCUUCUCUUAUCACGACAUUGCGCUUGUCAAGCUAGUUGAGAAUGUAAGAUUCUCGAAAGUCAUUCGACCGGCUUGUCUGUGGACUGGGAUGAAUCUGAAUGUGAGCUCUGUUAUCGCAACGGGAUUCGGACUGUUACAAACAGCUGGCGACAGUUCGGAAGUGCUUCGGAAGGUGAUGUUAGACAUUUUGGAUAGGCAAGAAUGCGAAGAAAUGUUCAUAGAUAGGCGCUUCAAGAACGGAAUCAUUGAUGGACAACUCUGCAUAGGAAGCAAACGAGGCGGAAAAGAUACCUGCCAGGGAGAUUCCGGUGGUCCAAUUCAAGUGAUAACGGAGCCCAAAGGAUGCAUCUAUCAUGUGAUAGGCGUUACCUCGACGGGUGCUGCCUGUGGAAUCAACCGAUCACCUUCGAUCUACACUCGGGUGGCAAGCUACAUGGACUGGAUCGAAGACAUCGUGUGGAACAAUGGUCAAGGACAAAAGUAGAGCGGGGCUAACUUCUAAGUAA